AUGGACCGCAGGGCCAAGAGCGAGGCUCCCGCCAUCAGCUCCGCCAUCGACCGCGGCGACACGGAGACGACCAUGCCAUCCAUCAGCAGUGACCGAGCUGCGCUGUGUGCGGGCUGUGGGGGCAAGAUCUCGGACCGCUACUACCUGCUGGCGGUGGACAAACAGUGGCACAUGCGCUGCCUCAAGUGCUGCGAGUGCAAGCUCAACCUGGAGUCGGAGCUCACCUGUUUCAGCAAGGAUGGAAGCAUCUACUGCAAGGAAGACUACUACAGGCGGUUCUCAGUGCAGCGCUGCGCCCGCUGCCACCUGGGCAUCUCGGCCUCGGAGAUGGUGAUGCGGGCUCGGGACUUGGUUUAUCACCUCAACUGCUUCACGUGCACCACGUGUAACAAGAUGCUGACCACGGGUGACCACUUCGGCAUGAAGGACAGCCUGGUCUACUGCCGCUUGCACUUCGAGGCGCUGCUGCAGGGCGAGUACCCCGCGCAUUUCAACCACGCUGACGUGGCGGCGGCGGCAGCUGCGGCCGCUGCGGCCAAGAGCGCGGGGCUGGGUGCCGCCGGAGCCAACCCGCUGGGUCUUCCCUACUACAACGGCGUGGGCACCGUGCAGAAGGGGCGGCCGAGAAAGCGCAAGAGCCCAGGCCCCGGGGCGGAUCUGGCGGCCUACAACGCCGCGCUCAGCUGCAACGAGAACGAUGCGGAGCACCUGGACCGGGACCAGCCGUACCCCAGCAGCCAGAAGACGAAGCGCAUGCGCACCUCCUUCAAGCACCACCAGCUUCGGACCAUGAAGUCUUACUUUGCCAUUAACCACAACCCCGACGCCAAGGACUUGAAGCAGCUCGCCCAAAAGACCGGCCUCACCAAGCGGGUCCUCCAGGUCUGGUUUCAGAACGCCAGGGCCAAGUUCAGGCGCAACCUCUUACGGCAGGAAAACACGGGCGUGGACAAGUCCACAGAGGCGGCGCUGCAGACCGGGACACCGUCAGGGCCAGCCUCGGAGCUCUCCAACGCCUCGCUCAGCCCCUCCAGCACGCCCACCACCCUCACAGACUUGACUAGCCCCACCCUGCCAACUGUGACGUCCGUCUUAACUUCUGUGCCUGGCAACCUGGAGGGCCACGAGCCUCACAGCCCCUCACAAACGACUCUUACCAACCUUUUCUAAUGACUCGCACCCCAUCCCCCCCCCAACCUUGGCCCCACAAUUUCUUUAAAAAAGAAAUUAUCUUUAGUUGAAUUCCAAGUGUAUUUUAAAAUAGAGGCUUUGAGCAACUAACUAACCACAUUUUAGGAUCUCGCCUGGAAACAGAGGAAGACAAUAAUUGCGCGUCCGGCUAACGCAGCGGUGUGGACCGAGGAAUUACUUGGAAGAUCUAUCUGCAACACAACAUUUGUGUCACUGUACAGUUUUGUGGACUGAGCGAGGAAGAACAACAAAUAAUUUAAGUUGGCUAGAGCUUCUGUAUUUUCAAAGACUGCCACGUGCCUUAGGAAUACUGUUUUAUCUCCAUACUUCGGACGACUUGUUCAUUUUUCUCUCCCUCUUUUUCUCUCUGUAUAUUUAUGACCAGAGCAAAAAUGUAAAAAAAAGAA